UCCUGCGCGGGGCGCCCCCUGGCGGUGAUGCUGGACUUCCUGCCUGCCUGCCUGUUUUCUCUCCCUCCUUCGCCGCGGCCAUGCGGGACUCAGCCCUGAAAGCGGGCCUGGUGGGGCUGGCGGUGGGCGCGGGCGUGUGCUUGGCCCUCUAUGGCCUGGCUUCCAGGAGAAGGAGGCGCCGCAAGGGAGCUGACCCAGGGGAAAGGGAUCGAAGCGCCCUCUUGCGAGCAGCCUCUGGCAUCCCCUUGGUUUCCAGCUCUGGCCGGAGAGAGCAAGCAGGCAUGGACUUUCCAAACUCACCUCAUGUUUUGGAAACAGAUGAUGUACAAAAUCUAAUUUAUUUACUUGAGUCUACAAAGGAUGCUGCCAUUCAGGAACAAAUUCUGAUUACACUGAGCAACAGUGCUGCAUUUUCGAUAAAUCAAGAUACCAUUCGAAAUUUAGGUGGCCUCCCUGUUGUUGGAAAAAUGCUUUCAGUUCCUGUCGCUAACGUUAAAGAGAAAGCCCUGAAUGCUCUUAAUAACUUGAGUAUGAAUAUUCAAAAUCAAGAAGUGAUAAAGGUAUAUAUUGCCAAGGUCUGUGAGGAAACCUGUUCAGCUCCCUUGAACUCUGAACUGCAGCUAGCUGGGCUUCGGCUUUUAACUAAUAUGUCUGUUACCAAUAACUAUCACUACAUGAUGACUAGCUCCAUUCCAGGCUUUAUCAAUUUGCUUUCGGCAGGAAAUGAAAGAACACAGGUUCAGGUUCUGAAAGUGCUUGUGAAUUUGUCAGCAAACCCAGCUAUGACAGAACAUCUUCUUAAGGCUCAGGCAUCUUUUCUGUUAUCCCUGUUUGAUAGCUGUAUAAAAGAAGAUGUUUUGCUCAGACUCUUGGUAUUCGUCACAAACUUGACAAAGCAUAUGAAAAAGGACAAAAAUACUGUUAAUUACGAGUACAACGAGGAUUCAGUUUUUUCUGUUCUUUGGGGGGAUUCUACAGUGUGUGCUCAAAAACUGGCUUCCUUAUUCCACCAUCAUGAUGCAGAAGUCAGAUUACAAGUUGCAGCACUAAUAAGACAGCAAUGCUGACAUCACAGAUUAUAUUGUUAAGUCUCUCUUCAAAUCUGGAAAAUCCUUUAUGGAGGAUGUGGAUCCAAAUUUAGACUUGAAUAUAGCUAUUUGAUUAAAUAUGGUCUAUACUUUGGAGAAUCUCCAUCAAAAAUUACAGACAUGACCUUCUCAAUCCAAGAUCAACUGAAACCAAAAAACAUGGAGUUGAAGAUUAUUUUCAUGCAAUCUUUACAGGAUUAAAUAGACCAGGCCACACUUGGUCCUCCAGGCUUCUUGUCUAGAAUACAAGCAUCAAUAAGACAAAAGAACAACAUGCUUGAAAGUGGGAAUUCUGUGAAUGUAUUUCAACUAGCAUGUUUCUUGGGAGUAAAGGAUUUUCCAUGUUGUUAGCCUGGACUGUAUGUUUGUUUAUACAUGGAAUCAAUCAGAAAUACACUUCAUUGUAUUUAAAAUCAUGCCUUUAAUAAAUUUUUACACUGUCA